CGUCAACAAAAGCACGUGGGAAUAAGAGUGAAAGUACAUGUGACGCAAUAGAAUGCAACCAUCUUGGCGCAUGUGCAAAUCGGACCAACUGCAGGUGUUGUUUGUGUGUCGCUGAGGAAUUUAUUUAGAAUUCCAUAAGUAAGAGUAAAAUAUUCUGGACUGAAACAGCAGAAAUACUACAUAUACUUUUGAUCAGUAAUUAUGGAGUAUAAAGUGUACAAUAUAUUUGAAACAGAACAAUUUAAUAAAAUCACCAGAGGUUUGAAGAUAGCACAGUGUAUGGGAUCAAAUUCGAUUGGUGAUAUGCUUGCAAACAGUGCUGAAAGCCAGAAAAUCUGCAAGCCUGAAGAUAUAAGUAUAUCUGAGACAUUGUUCUGCUCCUUCUGUAAUGAAAAAUUUGAAGAUCGAGCUCAACAACGAUUGCACUACAAGCUGGACCGGCAUAGAUAUAAUUUGAAACAAAAACUGAGUGGUUUGAAAUCUGUCACAGAAGAAAAAUUUGCACAACUUGCAGAUGAUCUGUCAAGCAUUUCAGGCUCUGAAUCUGACAGUGAAGAAGAAGGUGACAGUUCAGAUUUUGUACCAUCAUCAGCUGCAAAACUUGGUUCAUACAAGAGUAAUGAGUUGAUGCAGGUCAGGGGCUGUGAAGAUGAUGCCACUGGUUCCCUUCCUGGAAAUAAACAAGAUGACAGUGGUGCUGAAAAGAGACAUGAACAUUUGAGAUUGAUGGCAGCAAGACAUGCAAAAAUUUUCUUUGAAAAUGAAGAUGGCAAGAUACUGUCUAUGUAUCGAUGCCUGUUACAUGGAAAGAAGGAUGAAUUAGAGAAGGAUGAGCAGUUGAUUGCACUGGCCUUGAAGGCUGUAGCUAAUCCAUUGUGGGCUGUUAUUAUGCUUGGUGGAGGUCAUUUUGCUGCAAGCAUUUUCGAAGGGCAAGAAGUGUUAGUGCACAAGACAUUUCACUGUUACACAGUUCGUUCAAGUCAAGGUGGAACUCAGAGCUCUCGUGAUGGGCGGAGUGGUGGAAGUCACCCUAAAAGUGCUGGAGCCAGUCUUCGUAGAUACAAUGAGGCAGCAUUGAUACAGCAUGUGCAAGAUAUUAUGCAGUCAUGGUCAUCUUAUCUGGGUGCCUGUGGUCUUAUCCUAUACCAUGCUGUUGGCCACAAUCGAAAUGUUCUUUUUGGUGGGAAGAAUCCUCCUCUUAACAAGAGUGAUUGUCGUCUGCGCACCAUACCUUUUGCUACAAGACGUGCCACAUUCAGUGAAGUCAAGCGUGUGCAUACCAUCCUUACCAGUGUUGAGAUGUAUGGCCCUGGAGAGGCCUUCCAAACUGCUUUUCCCCAGUCUCCAAGAAAACGAGGUUCCAAGACUCAAGCAGCAAUUUAUGAAAAAAGUAUGUCUGGGAAAACUGCAGACUCUACAAACCAAGAUCAAGAUAAAAAAAUUGAUGGAAUGAACACAGAAAGCAAACAACACCUCCUUCCAGGAACCAACAGUGAAAUUACAGUUGAAAGAAAUGAAGACACAAGUCCAAAAAGAGGGAGAACUAAAUGUAAUAUUGAUCGCGCUAAACCUCGUAAAUCACCACAUCGACCUUUGCCAGGAAUUGUUACUGCUGUUCUUACUAGAAGUUCAUCUGAAAGUGAUGUCAGUGAAAGUCUUGGAAAGCAAAUGAUAGAGGAGAACAUAGAGAUAUCAUUUGAGAAUCUUCAAGAGUUUUACGAUACAGUACCACAGGAGAUGAAAGAUAAAAAGAGGUCAAAAGAUAACAGUAAAUGUGGCAGGAAGCAGCAAAAGAAGAAAGCUGAGAAAGAUCUGUACAGUGCAUCAGUUAUGGCUCUUCGACGAAAACUUUGGGCUGCAUGUCGCCUUGGAGAUACAGAUUUGUUGAUCAACUCCCUUCAGACUGUCCAACCAAUAGAAGAGGAGCCAGAAAAUUGUGAAACUGAGACAGUUAAAAUAAAUGAUAAUUCUGAAGCAUCUAAGUAUGCAAAUAGAAACACUAGUAUAUCAAAGGUAGAAUAUCUGAGCUGUCUUAAUGAAAAUGUUGGUGAGAAUAAAGAGACACUUCUGCAUGUCGCUGCCCAAGGUGGACACAUGGACAUUAUUAGGGCUCUAAUGGAAGCUGGUUGUGAUCCCUGUGUCAAGAACAAAAAGUUACAGACUCCGUAUGUAGUCUCUGCAAACAAAGAAACACGCAACAUUUUUAGGAGAUUUUUGGCUGAUUUUCCAGAUAAAUUUGAUUAUUCUAAGUCCCAAAUUGGGGGGCCAUUAACAGAUGACAUGGAGCAAAAAAUGGUAGAGAAACGACGUGAACAGCGAAAGGUCAAACGGGAAAGAGAAAAGGAAAGAAAGAAGGAGGAGGAGGAAAAAAGAGAAGAGGAGGCUGAGAAAGAAAGAUUUCUCCAGCUCAGUGACCGAGAAAAGAGGGCCCUUGCUGCUGAACGGAGGUUUCUGUCACAGAUAGCUGAUGGUAAAGUGAAGCCAGUUGUAUCUAGAUGUUUUCAGUGUGCUGCAGACAUUACAGGCAAAGUCCCAUUUGAAUAUGACAUUCACAGGUUUUGUAGUAUAGAUUGUUUAAAACAGCACAGACUCAAAAUGAAAAACAUGCAACAGAAAUAACAUACAGAAAAAAGUACAUUGUUUUACAUCAGCAGUUGUGAACUGGGGCAUAUUUCCCCAGGAUUUAUGUGAAGCCUCAUAAGGGUGUACAUGAUAAAUACUUCAUACAUUGUUAAACAUUGAGAAAAUAAAGUUUAAAAUUUAGAAGUCUUUGUUGAGUAUCUUGCUUUAUAAUACAUAAUGGCACAUAGUUUGAGGUAAAAAAUGGGUAUGUGAAGUCUCACUAUGGUAUGUCAAUUAAGAAAGGUUCAGAAAUGUUGCAUUAGACAAUUUGAGAAAAAGAACACUGAAUAAUUGUUGUAAGUAAACAAAGACAGAAUCUGUACUUGAAGCUUUCACAGUGACUAAACUCAAUAAAAUCUUUCCUCUCAUAAAUUCUAAACAAAGAACUAAGGACAAAUAUUACAUUACCAUAAUUGCUAAGUAAGUGGCAAAGGACAAAACAGAAAGAGCAAAAUGAUAUUGUUAUAUGUAUAUACAAUUUAUUUUUAUUAUAAUUUUUUUCUUUGUCUUGCUUGUUCAGUGAGGGUUUUUUUUUUCCUUUUUACAAUUUUGGCAUUAAUGCAUCACAUUUUUACAGGUUUUUAUUUCAGUUUAUUUUGUAUUUGUUGUUUGCCCAUUUAUGAAAAUAUGUGCAUUUUAAUAUAGAGUGAAUCAUGUCUGUGAGCCAGGCAAGAUUUUGCUUGUUUUUGAAGUUUGAGAAUCAAAACUUGUUACUUUAUUGUAAGCCUAGAAUUUAAACUCAAUACAAAACUGUGGUCAGUAGGAAAACUCACUUCAUCUGAUUCAUUGCACAUUUAAUUUCUUAUGUAUUUCAAGUAAAGGGAAAGAAUAUCCAAAAUGAUGUGAAGAAUUUAUGCAUUGAAAUUAUCUAAAAUAAUAUUCAGACAUAAUUUUAGUAAAUAGCGAUCUGGAAUAAUA